AUGGAUGCACGGGUAAAUGAUAACAAUGCAAUCAUAUGGCCAUGUGAACGAUCCUUCCCAUCAAACCAAGUGAACAAUCCGCUAUUAGCCACCAAGUCUACAAGCGAUGUACCACAUGGGACUACCACAACAUGUAUCCUCGUUGCAUCGUCAUGCAACACUCGGCCCCUUGGGAGCGACCUAGUCUCGCUGAGUCGAACAAAACAGGGAAGCGCACUCGAACACCACAAACUCUAUAUGCAUUUAACUAAGCUACGACAAAGUGUACUUGAAGCAUCAAGCAUACAUGACCGGAAUGACAACGUCGAUCGGGAACUUCUGGUUGAUCGCGAAGACUUCAUCUACCUUCGGAAACUGAUCGUCGGAUGGUUCAUGGAAACUGCUACACCGUUUGGAAUUCAGUCGUCCACCUCUACCGUCGGCUUCAGGAGCGGUCGUCACUUCACGAAGAUUUUGAAUCUAUCUCUCUCUCUCUCACGAUUUCUGUUUAGCUCCAAAGCCUUUGUUCUACUUAUAGAGGAGGAGAUUCGACCCAUGAUGGACAAAUGUCGUGUCUUAGGUGACGCAAAACCCACAAGGACACUCUUCCUCUGA